CAAGGUGACCUCUGACGGUGGGGUCAAUAUGCAAAUGAGGCAUCAGCUGCCCUGGAGACCGGAUAGCGUCUACUAGCAACCAAGAUGGCAGACGGCGGCCCACCGCGAUCUUCGGUCACACCAAAAGUCGCCCUGCAGUACUCCGAGAUGUCUAAGACACCGGGAAACUUUCAGCACAUCCCUAAGUGGUCGGACCUCCACCCCACCAUCCCCCAGCUGUACGUGCCCGAGUGGAAAACAGACAUGAAGAACAGAGAAGUCAUUCUCAGGGAGUGUAAGCAGGCCGGCCUGUACUACGGGCCUCACGACGAGAGCCUGUUCCUGUGCAAGCGGGAGCGAUUGAACCACGGCGAGGACCGGCGGCGCGUGGAGACCAACUACGCGAGCCAGCCGGACCGCCGGACCCUGAUCAACCCGCCACGCUGGUCGCACCUGUACCGCCAUCGCAGCACGCUCAUGAUGUUCACCGACCCUGGCUCGGACUAGGGAACUUUCUCUCCGCCAGGGGUCGCUGCUGCACGCUCAUGUUGUUUAGGCAUCGUACAAAACGUGAGAGUGUGACUGAGAAGACAACGAAACACACAAAGUGUAAAAAGAUUCGUUUCUUUUCUAUACAAUUCGUUGAUGGAUACGUCAAAUUUAAGGUCGCAGAGAGAGCGCUGCGAGAGCGCCGUCCUGGUGGAAAGGGGGUAUUAUUAGCGACUAGUUCAGUGGUUCAGGGUAGCCUUUACCUGGCCUUCCUACUCAAUAAAAAGCCAGAUUCAUACAUACAGUAUAUAUUCAAGCCCGCAUGUGGUCGGUCUUAGCCUCCAUCAGGCUCCACAGGUCACUGGCAGAAUUUGGACAAAUAUAGACACAUAACAUGCCAGAGGAACUAGCUAUGAGUAUGGUUUGGGAAAUAGCUAACUCGUCUCGCAUCAUUUCUGUCUAUAUUUGCCAAAUUUCUACUAUUUUUCAGCAACCUGUGCAGCCUGGUAGAGGUUUAGACUUACGGACCUCAUACGGACUUGAAUAUAUAUGUGCACGUGUGACCCCAACUUAAGGAGUUAUGGAUCGAGCAAAAGAGCGAGGGGAGCCAUGAGACCGAUGAGAGCUACUCUCCAAGCAGAGGUUAG